CUAGAGAGGGACAAUGCAAACGCAGUGGAACUGGCUUUUAAGUAGAGUUGAGUUUGAGGGCUAUAGAGGAACAGAUGAACCCUUGCAUACUGAGAUUUGAAAAAAACAUCAUAAUCCUAACGUUUAGAAGACGCUCUUAUCCAGAGAGACAAUUAGGGUUAAAUUCCUUGCUCAAGGGCAUAUCAACAGAUUUUUUAAUUAGUCGGCUCGGGGUUUCGAACCAGCGACCUUUCAGUUACUGGCCCAACGCUCGUAACCGCUAGGCUCCCUGAUCUGUUACAGAAGAAAAUCAACAAUAGCCUAGAAGGAGAUGGGUCUUUUGAUUAUGGUUACCUACUAUUCGGAUUUCUCAGGAACAAGGCAACGACACCCCACCCCACCCCCUCCCCCUCCAUCCCUAAUGGGCGUAAUGUGUUGCUCUGCUCAUAGGAUCAAACUUCACAAGUCCAUGUUCGUGACCAGGAUUCCAAAUCGAGGUAUAUGGCUUCAAAGCCAAUCAAGCACUUCCCAAAAGUCACGUUAUAGCUGAAAGCGACACGAUUCAGUGUAAAUGUGCAGACAAAGCGGAUCUGUUCGAUAUUGGGUGGAAAUAUGCAGCACCAGAGGAGGUAUUGGUGUGACUCAUGCGUGCGUAGUAACGAAUAAAUAGGCACUGCACGCUCUAAAUAUCAGCAAAUCAAACGUACUUCACCAAAAAGGUCACCGUGGAUGGGAUUUUGUAGACAAUAGAUAUUCAAAACCCUGUGUUUCUUAGUGUCAAAAGCGCACCAGACGUUGCGUUGCCAAAGGACUUUAUUUGAUCGUCCUCGCAUAGUUUCUUUUUUGGACUCUACUUGGGUCACCUGUACCCAUCCUCAGCACGGAGUGAUGGCGGCGUCUGCACCUUCCUCCUCUGGCGGGGAACCGGAUCCCAACUCGACAAAUUUACGACCACCAGGCACAAGCUAUGACGCUUGGUGUGGAGUUGCUCAUGGAUGUACUAGAAAAUUGGGAAUGAAGAUAUGUGGAUUUUUGCAGAAGAACAAUAACCUCGAGGAGAAGAUUAGUUCCUUCAAGGAAAGAUCGUCUAAUGACCUGCUUGAUAACAGCGACAGGGAUUCCCGUUUCAGACGCACGGAGACGGACUUUUCCAAUCUGUUUGCUAGAGAUUUAUUACCAGCCAAAAAUGGAGAGGAGCCAACGAUGCAGUUCUUGUUGGAGGUGGUGGAUAUUCUCACAAACUACGUCCGGAAGACCUUCGACAGAUCCACCAAGGUCCUGGACUUCCAUCACCCCCACCAGCUGCUGGAGGGUAUGGAGGGCUUCAACCUGGAGCUGUCCGACCAGCCUGAGUCUCUGGAGCAGAUCCUGGUGGACUGCAGGGAUACCCUGAAAUAUGGAGUGAGAACAGGUCACCCAAGGUUUUUCAACCAGCUGUCCACUGGUUUAGACAUCAUUGGGUUGGCAGGAGAAUGGCUCACCUCCACUGCAAACACUAACAUGUUCACCUAUGAGAUCGCUCCAGUCUUUGUGCUCAUGGAACAGCUGACGCUGAAGAAGAUGAGGGAGAUCAUUGGCUGGCCUGACGGAGAGGGCGAUGGGAUAUUCUCACCAGGUGGAGCGAUUUCCAAUAUGUACAGUGUGAUGACCGCCCGCUACAAGUUCUUCCCUGAAGUCAAGACCAAAGGCAUGACUGCUGCCCCCAGAUUGGUGCUCUUCACCUCGGAGCACAGUCACUACUCUAUAAAGAAAGCCAGUGCUGCUCUGGGCUUUGGAACAGAAAACCUGAUCCUGUUGAGCACAGAUGAGAGAGGGAGAGUCAUUCCUGCUGAUUUGGAAGCCAAGGUGAUCGAUGCCAAGGCGCGGGGUUGUGUCCCAAUGUUUGUGAAUGCUACAGCUGGUUCCACAGUGUAUGGAGCGUUCGACCCCAUCCAUGAGAUUGCCGACAUCUGCGAGAAAUACAACAUGUGGCUACAUGUUGAUGGUGCAUGGGGAGGAGGCCUACUGAUGUCCAGGAAGCACAGGCACAAGCUGCGUGGCGUGGAGCGGGCCAACUCAGUCACCUGGAACCCUCACAAGAUGAUGGGUGUGCCACUGCAGUGCUCUGCCAUUCUGGUCAGAGAGAGGGGAGUUUUAUCAGGCUGCAACUCAAUGUGUGCUGGCUACCUCUUCCAACCUGACAAACAGUACGAUGUAUCGUACGACACGGGGGAUAAGGCCAUCCAGUGUGGACGACACGUAGAUAUCUUCAAAUUCUGGCUCAUGUGGAAAGCAAAGGGUACAAUAGGGUUUGAACACCACAUCGACAAGUGCUUGGACCUCUCGCAUUAUCUCUAUACUAAAAUCAGGGACCGUGAGGGCUAUCAGAUGGUGUUCGAGGGAGAGCCCCAGCACACGAAUGUCUGCUUCUGGUACCUUCCGCCAGGCAUUCGUGACAUGCCCGAUGGUCAAGAGAGGCGGGACAGGUUGCAUAAGGUGGCCCCCAAGAUCAAGGCGUUGAUGAUGGAGUCUGGAACUACCAUGGUGGGCUACCAGCCUCAGGGAGACAAGGUCAACUUCUUCCGCAUGGUCAUCUCCAAUCCUGCCGCCACCAGGUCAGAUAUCGACUUCUUGACCGAUGAGAUUGAGAGACUGGGGCAUGACUUGUAAGGGCCACGCUCAGUAGGAGGAUGUUGCCCUUUGACCUUUCCGUCUCAGCUUUGUCAUGUCCAGCUCGAAAAAGACUCUGAACUACAGCAAGCUUCAUAUUCCUGUUGUCUCUUGACCAAUCAUGUAGGACUUUGAAACUUCAGCUGCUUGUAGGACCUUUUUAUGUAAGCUGUGAUCCGUCUCAUGUGUUUCCUGUCUGUUCUGUCUUUUAGCAGUGACUAUGCCAUAGUUAAAUCUAACAAAAACUAUUGUACAGUAUAGCCUACAUAAGAGAAUACAUAUUCAAAUCCUGAGUGACCUUGAGAGAUCUUUUUCAGUAGGAGACAGAGCACAAUGCAAAGGACCUCAUGGCAUGGAUGUGUACAGUAUUGUAAGUUACUGUAUAUAUACAGUAUAUUAUAAUGUACUGACUAUUGGUGCUGUGUGUUGUCCAUGUAAUUAUUAGGCCAGAUGCACUAUAUGAAACACUACAUUAUAUCCUGGCUGCUCUUCCCCUUUCAUAUUAAGUAGAGGGAAUAUAACACAGUCAUUGUAACAGGUACUGUAUUCUGUUGCUGCGUUUGAGAUAAUGAAUUUUGGGAAGAUUGUGUAUAGUAUGGUUACAUUGCUUUUGUGGCAAAUAUAUAUAUGUCCUAGUUUUUCAGUAACACAUGUUCCAAUGAUUAUAAAAACACUAAAUAUAUGUAAUUUAAUAGCCAAAUCACUUUAUUUAUAUCCAGACAGUAUAUGUGUGAAAUAGUUACCGAUUCCAUUUGUAAUGUGUCCUUACUUGUAUUUUGAAACAGUACUGUAUAUUACCCGAAUGUUUUGAAUAAUGAGAUUAAAGGUAUUUUAGUGUAUUUGUGAACCAAAGAAGGGUAUACUGACAUAUAUACAGUGGGGCAAAAAAGUAUUUAGUCAGCCACCAAUUGUGCAAGUUCUCCCACUUAAAAAGACGAGGCUUGUAAUUUUCAUCAUAGGUACACUUUAACUAUGACAGACAAAAUAAGAAAAAAAAUCCAGAAAAUCACAUUGUAGGAUUUUUUAUGAAUUUAUUUGCAAAUUAUGGUUAAAAUUAGUAUUUGGUCAAUAACAAAAGUUUAUCUCAAUACUUUGUUAUGUACCCUUUGUUGGCAAUGACAGAGGUCAAACGUUUUCUGUAAGUCUUCACACACUCCUCCAUGCAGAUCUCCUCUAGAGCAGUGAUGUUUUGGGGCUGUUGCUGGGAAACACAGACUUUCAACUCCCUCCAAAGAUUUUCUAUGGGGUUGAGAUCUGGAGACUGGCUAGGCCACUCCAGGGCCUUGAAAUGCUUCUUACGAAGCCACUCCUUCGUUGCCCGGGCGGUGUGUUUGGGAUCAUUGUCAUGCUGAAAAACCCAGCCACGUUUCAUCUUCAAUGCCCUUGCUGAUGGAAGGAGGUUUCACUCAAUCUCACGAUACAUGGCCCCAUUCAAUCUUUCCUUUACAUGGAUCAGUCAUCCUGGUCUCUUUGCAGAAAACCAGCCCCAAACCAUGACAUGGACAUGUACUGGCUUAAGCAGGGGGACAGGUCUGGCACUGCAGGAUUUGAGUCCCUGGCGGCGUAGUGUAGUUACUGAUGGUAGGCUUUGUUACUUUGGUCUCAGCUCUCUGCAGGUCAUUCACUAGGUCCCCCCGUGUGGUUCUGGGAUUUUUGCUCACUGUUCUUGUGAUCAUUUUGACCCCACGGGGUGAGAUCUUGCGUGGAGCCCCAGAUCGAGGGAGAUUAUCAGUGGUCUUGUAUGUCUUCCAUUUCCUAAUAAUUGCUCCCACAGUUGAUUUCUUCAAACCAAGCUGCUUACCUAUUGCAGAUUCAGUCUUCCCAGCCUGGUGCAAGUCUAUAAUUUUGUUUCUGGUGUCCUUUGACAGCUCUUUGGUCUUGGCAUAGUGGAGCUUGGAGUGUGGAGUGUGACUGUUUGAGGUUGUGGACAGGUGUAUUUUAUACUGAUAACAAGUUCAAACAGGUGCCAUUAAUACAGGUAACGAGUGGAGGAUAGAGAACCCUCUUAAAGAAGUUACAGGUCUGUGAGAGCCAGAAAUCUUGCUUGUUUGUUGGUGACCAAAUACUUAUUUUCCACCAUAAUUUGCAAAUAAAUUCAUUAAAAAAUCCUACAAUGUGAUUUUCUGGAUUUUUCUUUCUCAUUUUGUCUGUCAUAGCUGAAGUGUACCUAUGAUGAAAAUUACAGGCCUCUCUCAUAUUUUUAAGUGAGAUAACUUGCACAAUUGGUGGCUGACUAAAUACUUUUUUGCCCCACUGUAUAUACACUGCUCAAACAAAUAAAGGGAACACUAAAAUAACACAUCCCAGAUCUGAAUGAAUGAAAUAUUCUUAUUAAAUACUUUUUUCUUUACAUAGUUGAAUGUGUUGACAACAGAAUCACACACAAAUUAUCAAUGGAAAUCAAAUUGAUCAAUCCAUGGAGGUCUGGAUUUGGAGUCACACAAAAUUAAAGUGGAAAACCACACUACAGGCUGAUCCAACUUUGAUGUUAUGUCCUUAAAACAAGUCCAAAUGAGGCUCAGUAGUGUGUGUGGCCUCCACGUGCCUGUAUGACCUCCCUACAACGCCUGGGCAUGCUCCUGAUGAGGUGGCAGAUGGUCUCCUGAGGGAUCUCCUCCCAGACCUGGACUAAAGCAUCUGCCAACUCCUGGACAGUCUGUGGUGCAAUGUGGCGUUGGUGGAUGGAGCGAGACAUGAUGUGCUCAAUUGAAUUCAGGUCUGGGGAACGGGCGGGCCAGUCCAUAGCAUCAAUGCCUUCCUCUUGCAGGAACUGCUGACACACUCCAGCCACAUGAGGUCUAGCAUUGUCUUGCAUUAGGAGGAACCCAGGGCCAACCGCACCAGCAUAUGGUCUCACAAGGGGUCUGAGGUUCUCAUCUCGGUACCUAAUCGCAGUCAGGCUACCUCUGGUGAGCACAUGGAGGGCUGUGCGGUCCCCCAAAGAAAUGCCACCCCACACCAUGACUGACCCACAGCCAAACCGGUCAUGCUGGAGGAUGUUGCAGGCAGCAGAACGUUCUCCACGGCGUCUCCAGACUCUGUGACAUGUGCUCAGUGUGAACCUGCUUUCAUCUGUGAAGAGCACAGGGCGCCAGUGGCGAAUUUGCCAAUCUUGGUGUUCUCUGGCAAAUGCCAAACGUCCUGCACGUCGGGCCCUCCUACCACCCUCAUGGAGUCUGUUUCUGACCAUUUGAGCAGACACAUGCACAUUUGUGGCCUGCUGGAGGUCAUCUUGCAGGGCUCUGACAGUGCUCCUCCUGCUCCUCCUUGCACAAAGGUGGAGGUAGCGGUCCUGCUGCUAGGUUGUUGCCCUCCUACGGCCUCCUCUACGUCUCCUGAUGUACUGGCCAGUCUCCUGGUAGCGCCUCCAUGCUCUGGAAACUACGCUGACAGACACAGCAAACCUUCUUGCCAUAGCUCGCAUUGAUGUGCCAUCCUGGAUGAGCUGCACUACCUGAGCCACUUGUGUGGGUUGUAGACUCCGUCUCAUGCUACCACUAGAGUGAAAGCACCGCCAGCAUUCAAAAGUGAUCAAAACAUCAGCCAGGAAGCAUAGGAACUGAGAAAUGGUCUGUGGUCACCACCUGCAGAACCACUCCUUUAUUGGGGGAGUCUUGCUAAUUGCCUAUAAUUUCCACCUGUUGUCUAUUCCAUUUGCACAACAGCAUGUGAAAUUUAUUAUCAAUCAGUGUUGCUUCCUAAGUGGACAGUUUGAUUUCACAGAAGUGUGAUUGACUUUGUGUUGUUUAAGUGUUCCCUUUUUAUUUUUUUUGAGCAGUGUAUAUAAAUACAGCCCUUAAUAUAAUCAAUAGAUGGAUUAAUAUAUUUAUAUAGUAAUAUGUAACUCAGUCACCACCCUUAACCUUAGUGCAAUCUAUGUUGUGUAAAUGUAAUAUGUCUUUGUGAAUCACACUGACUGAAUGUUAUAACGUCACACGACUAGCCCUUGGAGGGAAGCUGAGCUCCGUCAGCAGAUUUGCUGGUGCUUUAUUUAGGGAGAAGCAGAAUACUAAACUAUCUGGGGAAAUAUUUUACCCUAGGGACAAAGGAUUGUUUGUUGCACAUUGUCGAGCGUUUACUCUGUUUUGAAGUAUUUCACUUCAUGAAGGGGGCCAUUUUGAUGAAAUGUAUCUUACCUUUCAAAUCCAUAAACUAUGUCAUGGAUGUUCUGGGGGUCUUUACAUGAUCCACAUGUGCACAGUUUUAUCCUGUGAGCAUCGCCGUGUUGUAAAAGACCAAUUGUUUGUCAUUGAGAUGUUGAUUUAAACAAAACAAAUGCACAGUUAUGAUGAUGAUUCUGUUGUUUCCGUGAUGAGAUACGUUGAAUACGUUCCUCAGUGGGAUGGAUGUCCCCCGUCGAGGUAGGCACUUUAACCUCACACCAUGUGCAGCGCAUUGCAGUCCUAUUUACAGCAGAAACACAAAUCUCAGCUUUAAAAAAACCAAUAACAACAGUGGGGGCAUGUUUUUGGCUGUUCUUUGUUUUAAUGAGGUCCAAUGAUCAUCUGUUACGCAUCCGCACUGUUGAAAUAAAUCUGUGGCUGUGA